CCGGUCCCCUCCCGCUGAGCCGGCGUGCCCGGCGAAGGCGGCCGAGCGCCGAUGCAACGGAUGGCGGGCGCGGCGGUGGGCGGAGCGAGGGCUCUGGCUUCCCCACUUCCGGAAGGGCGGCGGAUGUUGGGGUUUGAAUUGUCUGUCAGUUAGCGUGGGCGGCUCGGCGUCGGGGCGGCCGCCGGAGCGCCGAGUUGGCGGGGUUGCCUUCGGGACAGCCAGAAGAACUCAGGAUGAGUAAAAACAAUUUUGACAUUCAAAGUGCAUUCUGUGUUCUCUGUGGACGGACAGAUGACUGCCCUGAAAAGUAUGGAGAAAAAAGGACCUAUGUGGAAUACGAUCUCACUGUUCAUUAUUACUGUUUGUUGAUGUCCAGUGGCAUUUGGCAGAGAGGGGAAGAAGGUGAAGGCGUAGAUGGGUUCUUAAUCACAGAUAUUAGAAAAGAAGUAAAUAGAGCUGCAAAACUGAAAUGUAAUAUCUGUAAGAAAAAGGGUGCUUCAAUUGGAUGUGUAGCUCCCAAAUGCAAACGAAGUUACCAUUUUCCUUGUGGGGUGCAAAAGGAAUGCAUUUUCCAGUUCAUGGAAGACUUCAGAUCCUACUGUUGGGAACAUAAACCAGUCCAAAAGUUUCCAGAUAAAGAAUCUAGAGGAACUUCACAGUGUACAAUAUGCCUGGAUUUGGUUGAACAGCUUCCAAUAUACACUGUAUUGAAAAGUCCCUGCUGUAAAAAUGCUUGGUUUCAUCGAGAAUGCUUGCAGUAUCAAGCUUUGAGUGCUGGGAUAUUUUUCUUUAGGUGCACAGUAUGUAAUAACAAGGACAAAUUUCAAAAAGAAAUGUUGAGAAUGGGCAUACACAUUCCAGAAAAGGAUGCAUCUUGGGAACUUGAAGAGAAUGCAUAUCAAGAGUUACUGCAAUGUUAUCAACACUGUGAUGUUAAAAGAUGCCUCUGCAAGAAAGGAAGAGACUAUAAUGAACCUGAUAGUAAAUGGGAAAUAAAGCGUUGUCAGUGUUGUGGUUCCCGUGGAACUCAUUUGGCCUGUUCAUCUAUGAAGUCAUGGGAGCAAAACUGGGAGUGCAUGGAAUGCAGAAGUAUCUUUGCAAAAUCAGGGAACUAUAGCAAACAGAAAAAGCGUUCUUUGGCUACCUCUGAAAAGACAGAUGGGACAACUUGUUGGCUGGAAGAGCCAUCUCCAAAGUGCCCUCGGCAGUCACGUGAAUCUCAACGCAAUUUUCUUCUCCAAUCACCAAAGAUAAUGUGCCAGAACAAUUUGUCACCCUGCUCACACCUAGAACUUCCAGCGUCCAACAGAGUGACGAUGUCCUUAUCUCCACUGAUGUCAAACAGGAACUGGUCCCUGAGGAAAAAGCAUUUAAGAAAACAAAGAAGGGAAGUUUCUAAUAUACUGAAGGAGUUAAAGCUACAAGUUAAUACAAAAACUACAAGGCUUAACAUCAAUGCAGAAAAUAUCUGGAAUAGUGCUUUAAAAGGAUUUAGACAGCGCAACUUCAGUGCUACAAACACCAUUGAAAUAAAGUUCACAAACUGCAAAAACAGAUCAAAGGCAGAUACUUCUCCUGCAUCAAAACACUGUUUCUUCCAAUUAUUAAUGCUUCACCUUCAGAAUUCAUCAUUGUUUGAGGGCUCUUCUGCAAAGAACUUGUCCCUUGAUUUUCAAGCUGUAAAAGAGAAUCUUUAUUUUGAAGCUGGUAAAAUGAUUGCAGUUUCUCUGGUUCACGGUGGUCCAUCUCCUGGUUUCUUUUCCAAAACACUGUUCAAUUGUCUUGUCUAUGGUCCAGAGAAUGUGAAGCCAGCUUUGGAAGAUGUUGCUGAUGUCAAUGUAGCACAAACAAUAAAAAUGAUAAAAUAUGCAGAUAGUCUGUCCAGCCUACAGUCUACAAUACAUGACUGUUAUGAAUUCCUUGCUGCUGCUGGAUGUUUAAGACCUAUAACAGCUUUGUGUGAUAAGAAUAUGCUGGUGAAUGACAUAUUGAUCCAUCAUGUAAUCAAGAGAAUUACUUCACCCUUAGAAAGUUUUAGGCAAGGUUUGAAAACUCUUGGUGUGCUAGAGAAAAUGCAAAUGCAUCCGGAUGCGUUCUCUAGUAUAUUGUGCCACAAACCUGAAAGACUUUCAGCAGAAACUAUUUGUGAUCUCUUUGCAAUCCAUUCCUCAUCAGAUGUAAAUAAAGUUGAAGGUGCUGAUUUUUGGAUGAGUUAUUUACAAGAUGUGGAAAGUGGCGAGUCUGUAGUGACAUUGGAGGAUAUUCUGUUCUUUGUAACAGGCUCUUUUUCUAUACCGCCUGUUGGUUUUGAUCCUGAACCUACUAUUAAAUUUUUGCAUAUAAUGCAUCCUGUUAGAAACAGACUCCUUCAUUGCUUAGAGCUCCCUAUAACAAAGACAUACGAGCAGUUUAAAAAUAAAAUGGAGUUCACGAUCAGAAACACACUAAGAGUCGAAAGAGAAUAAUACUUUUGCUACUAAACUGGAUGUUGGAAACUUCAAUUUUCUGCAGGAACGUCUGCUUGCAAAUUGCUACUGUAUUUUUGGACAGCAUGCUCUCGGCCUUUUCCCACUUUUCCCCCAAAGAUAUGCUAAUAGUAGUAAUCUUGUAAGAUGGAAGACAAUUUUCAAAUGAAAAUACACUUUAUCUCUUGAAUCAUCUUCCUGUUUGAAUUUGGCUUUAAGAGUCAGCAAUCUCUUGCAGAAGUACUUUUAAAUGUCUACUUUUGCUGUAGACAUGUAUGAAAUGUUACCAAACUGUAACAUUCUAGCUAUUUCCCCCAGGUAAGUAUGUUGAUUGUAUUACAUACUUCAGUAACUUACUUAUCAAAGUCAAAUCAGGUACAUUUAGAAGAUAACUGCUGUAGAGCUUUGUCUCAAGUAAAACUGUGAUGCAGUUCUUCAGUUGUUCCAUGUAUAUUUUUUCAGUAAUUGUUUUUAUAUUGAUGAUUCAUUUACGUUGUGAUGAUUCAUAGGUUUUUAUCAAAGUUAGAAACUUGGGAAUUUUAAGGUCAUUGUGGUUAGUGCAUUAAAAUAUUAAGGUCUGGAGAAAACCUAGGCAAAAUAAUAAGGCACAAGAACAAUAUCUGGUUGAACUUGAGUGUCUGUUGUUAAACAAAAUCUUUGACAUUUGCACACGUUUCUGCAUUCUACUGUUAUACAUUAGUUUUUAAUUACACAUAUAGCCAAAAUAGUAAAAACUAGAAGUAAAUCUUAAAUAUGCAACAAUAAGUGGUCUUUCAAAAUGAAAUGUAAGAGUUAGACUUAAUGUUGUUGAGUAUGAAAGUAUAAGAAUUUGUUGCUUGUUAGAACAUGUUACUUUGUCUUCUGUGGAAGUCAGUAUUUUCAUAGGAAUAUGCACUAAAACUACUUGUUAAUCUAACAUCAAGCUUGUCAGCGCCUGACACUUUUCUGCCUUUUAGUCUAAACUCUUUCUGUUCAAUUGUAGGUGCAUUCUGAGCAACUUCAACUGCAUAAAAUAUAUUUCAAUUCUGCAGUAUUUGUAUUAAGCCAUAAAAGUAGUGAAAUUCCUACACGGUAACACUUUAAUAUUACUAAUACUAAAACUAUGAAACUAAAAGGACAUUUUUAAGUACAGGUUUUUUAAAUGUAUGCAGGUGUCUCUCUUAAAAUUACUAUUUCCCCCCCUGUCAGUUUGAACACCUAUAUUAUGUCCCAAACAUAGGUUGUGCUAUAGUUGUAUAUAGAUAGAUAGAUAUGUAUCUAUCUAUAUAUAUCCACAUUCUUCAAAAUACUGCAAAGUAAUCAUACACUUUUUUUAAUAUAGCUUGGUUUUAAUUGAAAAUACAAGCAAGAUUGCUUUACUUUUGAAUGCCUUGUCAAGAAAGUAUGUCCACAGUAAACUAUAAAUGGAUAGGUGCUUCAAAAAAAAAAAAAAAAAAAUUGCAAACUAAUCUGGUUUCAGGUUCUUAUUAACAAAAUGUAUUACUAAAUGCUAAUUACAUAGCAGUGUAUUGCAAUUCAAGAACUGUGGAAGUGGUAGUCAAGACUCACUAAAUUUGAGACCAUGCUAUAAAGUGUUAAAGAGGCAGGUGGGUAUUUAAAUUACACAGUUCAAUUAACAAUAUGCAGGUAUUUUGAAAUCUCUCUUAAACUGCUACAGCUUCUCUUUCUUGAUCUUGGGAGACAUCGCUAAUCUUUUUUUAUACAGACCUAUUUCCAUCACUGGGUAACAAAAGUGCGCAUGCCACUUAAAAAAUUUUGGUUUAUUUCAAAGUCUAAGUAGAUUGCUACAAGGCUUAGAUCAGGCAUUUCUCACUACUUUCAAAUAGCUAAAACAAUCUAAUCUCAUCAAAGUCCUGUCAUUAGAAAUUUAAGAAUAUUUGAAAUUAAGACAGGGCUAGUGGUGUUUUUCCGGUUCUGAGCCAAAAGCAUAUUAAAGUCCCCUUUAAAAUUAAAUGUAUGAACUCUUGGAGAAUGUCAUUUUACUUGUUUAUAUACUAAGCAAUUUUUCAUUAUCUUACGAUUUUUUUCUCCAAUAAUAUUCUAUGUUCGUCUUUGCAUAAUUUUUGAAGGUCAUACUGCCAAUAACUUGUUUAUAUUCUUAACCUUCAGAAUGGUCUGUUACCAUUAUAAGGAAAUUGGUUUGUUGCAAAUUUAUUUGCAUAAUAAGGAUUCAUGUUAUAUGUUCAUAUCUUUAAAAUAUAGCAGUCUCCUGCAGAGAGAAUAUUAUACUUUAAAAAUGAAUGGUGUACCCAGUGCAGUAUUCCUUUUUCUUGCCUAGUUAGAGAUAAAUGUCUUCUGUAAUAUUAUGUUAUUUUUCUGUAUGGGGAGUACAGAACUUACAGAAGUAGCAAGCAGAGCGUGGAUAAUUUUAAAGGACAGUUCUUGGACUUUUGGUACCUGCAGUGCCAAGGGAGAUGGUUUAGAACUUGGAACUAAAUAAACUGCAUUUUAAAACCUUCAGUGGAGAAAGAAAUAAUAAGGUAAUGUGAAUAUAAGGCUUCAAAAAGUAUCUGAGAUAAAAAGCGUUCACACCUUUUAUUGCUUAUUAGUUUUGAAUUCAGCAGUUGAUACAUUUUAUAUAAAUGUAGAACUAACCUGUUUGUCAGCUUUAAGAAAUCUUAAGUUACUUUAAAACUGCCAUACAAUGCUAUAUCAAAACAUGGUAUUUGUAAAAUCCUCUAGUCUCUAAUAUUGCUUGAACAGAUUUUUCUUACAUAGAACUUGUCCCCAUUUUCUAAUACUGAUGUGUGCACAUUCAGGACAAGUUGUCUUUCCUUUCUUGUCAGUUUGAUCAGCUCUAUCUAGACAUUCUAAUAUAAUCUUUGAUAUAUUCAGGUUGUAUUCCUAGAUGCUACUAUGGAGAGGAACUUCCUCUCUCCUGCUCAUUUUCAGCAUUUAUUUAUAUAGACCAAUCUUAAAUUUACUCUACCUGUCAUUAAAAUUCCAUUGAAUAAGCUGACUUCCAAUCCAUCAAAACACAGAAAGGUCUCUUCUGUCUGGAAACUGUAAGAGCAAUUUCUGUAGCUAUAAUGACCAUCAGGUUUUUAAUUGCUAUAGUAGGUCACUGAAGUGCAAUAUUAUUGGGUAGUUUUCAUUUUACAUAAACUUUAACCUGAGGUACAUCUGGAAAUUAGGGACAUUGCUUACUUUCAGUAUUUCUGUAACACAGGGAGAAUAACUGCAUAUGCAUUAGCUGUUGUGUAUUAAAUAUAUUUUUAUAGAAGUUGCAUCUUUUACAAGAUUUGCCAGGGCCACAAGAGAACUAUUGAAGUCCUCUUUGACUGUGUUUGGCCAAAGAACUUCACCCCACAGUUUCUGCAUCAAACCCUAAGCUGGAAUUAGCACAUCAAAUAAGCUGUUUAUUUUCUAGCGUGAUCAUUUUCUAGUAAAUGAUAAUAGAUUAGUAUUAGUGGGUGUAGUAUGGUGUCCUUAAAGCACAUCUAAUUUAGGAAAAAAAAAACCCCUCAAAUAUUUUAGAUCUAUGUUUGAAAAACCAGGGGAUAAGAAAGUUCUGUGACUUGCUUUCACCCAUGCAAAGGAUGCUUACUAGAAAAAGCUGUUAGCAUUUUUAACUGGUUUAUGAGUGAAAUAUACUCAAAAGGAGAAUAAAUUAGUAUCUAUUAUUAGUAUCUAGUCAAAAGUAUUUGACUUUUUUAUGAAGAUGUUCAGUCUUGGCAUUGGAAGACUUAAGGAUUUUGAGAGGUAUAUUUAAAAUGUAGAGUAUCAGUCAUUAAUUCACACUCACAUUCUGUAUGUGUAUUGAAAAUAACAUCAAAAGAUUCUCAUUCAAAUAGAAGGAAAUGCAGUUCUGGAGGCUACAAAAUACGCUUUUAAAGUUUAUCUUGAUUCUGUAUUACAGCGAAGCAUUUUAAACCUCAAGCUUUACUCUACUUAAGGGAAUUGCUAGUUGGAUAAAAGAAAAAUUAAAAUGCAAAAACUUCUGAAAUGUCAAAUCAUAUGUAUACAGAAAAUCGUUGUCAAAAUAUUAAUGUUUGUAAAAAAAAACAAUGCAACUGAUUUUGUAUUGCGUAAACAAUGUUCUUUUUAAACUUAUGGUAAUUAGAAUAUUAUGCAAGAAAGUAUAAUUUUGUGAAUAAUUUUAGCUCUAACUUGAACUGCAGGAUCAGUGUCUGAAAUGUUGCAUCUUCAAGCAACAUUAUACUUGACAGGUGUAGCAUCAGUGUUGAAAUAAUAGGUAAUUGUGGGAAAUAACUGUCGUGUAUGUUCAAAGUGCAAUAAAGGGUUAAAUUUCUGUUGGAAUAAA